AUGAGCAACCUUACCGCCUUUAAUUUACGUCGCCGUUUGCGAGUAUUUGAGGCGCAAUACUUGCAGUUGUACGUGCGCCAGCUCGUUGUUUUGCUUCGCUCAAGAAGCAUGAGCGUGCCUCAGUGGGACGUGCGCGUCGGAUUGGCGAUGUGCACCCCACUCUACGCUAUACAAUCUGCACAGACGGCGGUCGCAUUGUGCGAGCUGUUGCUGAUAUUGAGGCGAUUUGUCCACGAUGCGUCAAAGGCAUCCACGGCAAACACUCAAGAUCACUCAGAUUCCAGUGUUCCAAUCACAGUUCACCUCAAAUGCUAUACCGCAAAAUGUUACGGUCCUCGAUAUCAGCCGCUGCGGCGCUUCAAGCUAUCUGUACGUGGACACGUCAACCGCAACAGCGAUGAUGCUUGCGCGCAGCAGAACUGGUUACUUGUCAGUCACAAUCGCAUGCUAGUAUCACACGACGACGCAUCGCCUCCUCGAGAAUGCUGCGAUCACAGCAGCGUGCACGUGCUGUACCGCGGCAAGGGUCCGCGGCUCUUGCAAGCCUCAGCUGAUGACCCGCACCCGCGGAACCGUGUGCAAGAAGCAGAAUUAUGCACGUCUCGUCAAGCUUCCCACGUCGAUGUUACAGCAGCGCAGGAACACGUGCCCUUCAUUAUCGACGAGCGGCACGUACCUCACCUGCUUACGGAUACGGAUACAGCUGCGUGUAUACGCGUUUACGAAACGUACCUCCUUAUUGCGCGUAAUCGGGUGUCAGAUAUGCCUGCCAUUUUGCGGUGUGUAAGGGCCCCGAUUUUCGAGCCGAGACGGAUGAUUCGAUCAAUAUGCGCCAGCCGCGUCCACGGCCAUAUUCGUGACAAAACUCCUUGCGGCCUCGGAAUCGACCAUCUCCAAGUGCUGCUACCGAAGCUGCAGUGCCCUGUCAGCUGUUUGCCGUCCUCUAUGAUAUCCGUCCCAGCACAGGCGGCAGCCGCCCCGCGGGAACCUCGACCGUCAGCAAAGUUCGAGCACCCGUAUAUGGUGCAGAAGAAAGUCCCUGAUCUAUGCAGCAAGCCCCCGGAAAACUUACUGCCUGAAGCUACACCGGUCGCCGUAGGGCGUGCAGCAUGUCAAUCAGACAGUGCCUCGACCGCGUUCUUUGCAACAACAGACUUGCCCAGUUGCAAUCAGACUCACGUUAGGAAGUCCUACCGGCGCAUGAUGUCUCGGCCAUCAGGAAAGCGUUCACUACAUGCGUCAGUGGAGGCCAUCUUCGUGACGUCGCUUAGGUGGCACCGACGCAAGCUGCGCAUUCGUACACCUGCAAGAAUUGUGCUCUCUUUCUCUAGUCGGCAGCUGGAAGAAUGUGCACCCGCACGCCAUUUCCAUGCCUGUAUGAAAUCCAGUUUGCGGAGCGACAGACACGAUUCAAGUGUGCCUGUCUGCAUGGCAGCCGCGCAGCUACGUCAUGCGUUUCUCAGCUCUGUGCUCCUAGCUUAUUUGAAGAGCGCUUUAGCAGGGUAUAAGUUAUUGCGGCCUUUCGAAUUUCUACACGCAUAUGUCAGCUGCAUGCGCCAAGCUGAACCCGCGCGGCUGUUCGGAAUUAACAGAUUCACGGACUUCCGACCGGCGUACCAUACACGUGCCGUAUCGGCUUUAGAUGUUGAAGGUUCGAGACUGAAUCCUUGGCGGCAUAAGCAGACGCCGCCGGCAAGAAGCAACUGUCACAUCCAUACACAGAAGCCACGAGACGCUUACCGCCUUAAUUCACACCGUCGUUCAGACGGUGGGCAGAACGCCAGUUCCACUUGUGGAGUGGGAAAGACGGUACGAACGGGCCUGACUACGUGGUACCACCAUGUCCAACGCUUGAUGUCUGGGGCCUCCGCCCCCAGGCAGGAAAUGUAUAUUGUGAGUAGAUCCGUAGUACCGUACCAGCUACUGCUGCGCUUGAUUACAGCUGUACGCAUAUAUGUCAUCCAGACCCGCGCGCAUCUUUGGAAUCAGCGGAGCCAUACGCUUCCGCUGAAGGCGCUAUAA